AUGACUUAUCUCCCUCAAAUAUUGAAUAAUGAAGAUUUAGUUUAAAUGUAAAAUGACCUUAAAUAAUGGGAAAUCACUAGUGGAAAAUAAUUUAAAGCUGAUUAGCAAAUGACUUUUGACGGAGGAAAUAAGCCAUAUGAACAAAGGGCAUUUUAAUGGCAUCAUGAUGGAUGGGGGAAAGACUUAAUUAAAAUAAUGAUUCUUAUCUCAGACGUCCCUGAGAACGGGCAAAGAAUGCGUUAUUGUGCUGGCACCAAUUAGUAGAAAUGGAACAGCAACAGAUCUAAGCUUACUUAAUUUGUUGGCAGCUUCGUUAAGGAUUACAAGUAUGUCAACACAUCUGGGAAAGCUGGUGAUGUUUAUUUAUUUAUGCCUAAUGCAAUGCAUGCAGGAACUAGAAAUAACACUUAAAGAAGAGAUGUCAUAAUUUUUGAUUUGCUACCAGAGCUAAAGAGGAAUUAUGGUAUGCCUGGAUUUCAUCCAGAAGUUGUUGGCACACAUUUUACUGAUUAUUAGAAACUUAUACUGAGGGUAAAUGAAAAAGAUGCAGUUAUGCAUUUAGAGAAUCAUGAUGAGGAAAACCAGAAAUUCCUCAAAUAAGCUAAUCAGCUUCUUGAUGUCGAUUAAGAAUAUAACAUAAAAUGCUUUGAUGCCCCUACACUUUUAUCACUAUAAUCUAUAGACAAUCAGAAGAACUUGGAAAUUGAGGAGGUAGGAAGAUUUAAUCUUGCUGUACCAUUAACUUACCCAAUAUUCAAAGGACACUGUGAGAUUUCUUAGGCAGAUUAGUUUAAGAAAAUGUUUUAGGAUAAAAUAAUAAUUGACAUUUCUAAGCAUAUUGAAAUUUUUGGAAAUAGAUAAUAAGAAAAAAUCGAGAUUUAGAAAUAUUUUAGAAAAUAAAUUGGAAUAGAUUUACUUAGGGAUUUCGAUUUACCUGUAGAGGUAGAUCAUCCGAAUUCUGAUAUGAUUAGGGAUACUGCUCUGUUAAAUAUUAGAGACAAUCAUUUUGGAAUUCACUACUAGAUUUUAGACAUUUAAUUAGCAGAACUAAAUUUAAAUCAAAUUGCUAGCAUAGAUUUCAAUGCAAUUAGUCAAAAUACUUAGCAUCUAUUAAACCAACAGUAAGUACUUCUAAAAGCGUAUGAGUCUGGUUCCUAGGAUUAUAGAGACUUGUUUUGUUUAUUCAGGCUGCUAGGUAAUAUUUAAGAAAUGCUUCAGAGAAUACCAGAUUACUAAACAUUAAGAAUAAAUUUAGCGUAUUUGUACUUUGGUUCAACGAUCAUUUAGGGCUAUCUUUAAGAAGUUGAAACUACUUCUCGCAGUAUAUUCAUUAAUUACCUAGCUACCAUUAUAUAUCAUGAAUUCAACCCGAAAAUAUCUAUUAUUGGAGGUGGGCCCUUUAGUCUUUCAUUCGGCUAUAAUAGCUUGAUUUAAAAUCAACUAACUAAUUGGCAGAUAUUUGAAAGUACUAAUGUUUUUGGAGGGUUAGCUCAGUCUUUCAAAGAUUAAAUGGGAUUUACAUGGGAUAUUGGGGGUCAUGUUGUAUUCGAAACUUAUGAAUCAUAUACUAGAAUGCUUGAUACCUUAAAAUUAGAAUAUAAUCAGGUCAAGAGAAAAUCUAAGGUUUGGAUUAAAGGUUAAUAAAUAGAUUACCCAAUUUAGAUGCAUUUGUGGUAAUUAGAUCAAGAUGAUUAAUAGCAUAUUCUCAAUGAUUUGGAAGGCAAAGAAUCUUAAUUAUAUUCAGAUAUGAAUCCAACAAAUUACUAUGAAUGGUGCCUAAAUCAUUUUGGAUAAGAGCUAACAGAAUUUUUUUUGAGACCUUAUAAUGAAAAAAUAUGGGGCUGCAAACUGGAGGAAAUGAAUACUACUUGGACUGGUAAAAGAUUCCCUACUAUGAAUUUAGAUGAAAUUAAAAGAUCCAUAUCAGAUUAAAAAGUCUAAGAAUGGGGAUAGAACGCAUGCUUUAGAUAUCCUCUUGAAGGAGGGAAUGGUGCUGUGUGGUCAAAAUUAGCAGAGAUAUUGCCAAGAGAAUAACUUUUGUGCAAUCAAAAAGUAGUAAAAAUCGAUCCAAUCAAGAAGUAACUAUUCUUUGAAAACAAUACAUUUACUACUUAUGAAAGAUUAGUCUCUACAAUGCCAUUAACACAUCUUUUAAUGAUACUAGAUGUUAAUGAUGACUAUCUAAAAUCAAUUGAUGUCAAUGAAUUUAAACAUACUGAAGCCUAUAUUAUAGGUCUUGGUAUUGAAGGGUAAUUACAGGAUUAAUUCAAAGAUAUGAGUUGGAGUUAUUUUCCUGAAUGCAAAGAACCAUUUUAUAGGGUAACUUGGCUAUCAAAUUAUUCAGACAAAGUAGUUCCUGAUCCAUCAAAACAUUUUUCUUUGCUUUUGGAAAUUAAUAAAAAAAGUAUUGAUACAGACAAUCAUGAACUCAUUUUUCAGAAAUGUAUAAGUUCCUGUUUGGAAUUAGGGUUGAUUAGCGAAAAUUGUAAUGUUAUAAGCAAAUUCAUUAAAGAUAUUAACUUCUCGUACCCAGUACCAUUUUUAAGAAGAGAUUAGAUUGUUAAUAACUUAUUAAAGUAUUUAGAAAACAAAUAUGCAAUCUACAGCAGGGGGAGAUUUGGAGAUUGGAAAUAUGAGAAUAGCAAUUAAGAUUAGAUAUUUAUGGCAUCAAAGGAUUUAAUUUUGGAAAUAGACGAAAAUAUUAAGAUUAUAUGA